AGAUUUGUGAUUGAGUCGUGGUUAUGGAUUUGGUUUAUCCAUCGAAUAUGGUCAACUGACAGAUUCAAAACUUUAGAGUGGAAACGGCUAAAAAAUAUCGAACUAAAGUCAUUUAUGACUUUAUUAAUGUUUAUGAUGCUACCUAUGCAAGCUAUCCUUGAUGCAAUAUGGACUGUAAUGAAAUAUGACGAAGGUUACAUACCUUAUCCUUUUGACGGUACCUGUCCGAAAGAUGGAGGUAUUAUUGAAGAAGGUACCCUACUGAUUCCAAAACCGUACCAAUGUUGGUCUUCUACACAUCUUGAUAUAAAAAUGAUCGCGGACUAUAUGUUUUGCAUAAUUUUUGCUUUCCAGACAGGAACUUUGUUUCUUAUACAAUCUUUUUGGAGUUAUAUGGCUAGUAAAUGGGGUGGAAAACCAUUCAUGAAUUCAUGGGAAUUCCGUAUUUAUGUUGCAUGGGGCCUCAUAUCCAUCAUAAUUUUUCCAGGUACAAAAUGGUUAAUAGGAAAACUUUUAUCAAAUUCCAAUUUCAAUUAUAACGUUGUUGAGAUAAGGAAUCAACGAAAAUUAUUUAUCCUCUUACGCUCAAUUCAAAGUCAAAAAUCUUCACAAGAAACUGUCUUACGAAUCAAAUAUUUUAUGGAAAUGAACGCAUUACUCAUCCUAGGGGCGAGUGUAACUGGCCCCUGUAUUUUCAUAGUUGAUAUAUAUGCUAUAAUUGGUCCUUCUAUGCGUUUUUCCAAAUUUUUCACGGAUUUAUUAACAUUACAUAUGAAUCUUGGUUUCACGAUCCUAUACGUUACAAUGAUUUUAAUUGUAUAUCCUCGAUAUUAUAUUACCGGAUUAUACGGAAGCAAAGCAUUAUCCGAAAAAUCUUUGCAAAAAAUUACCAUCUCCGUGGAUAAAACUAUUGUAACUAUAAAGAGACCAUCUUCAAAUUAUUUGCCUCAAUCUGCAUCACAACCAACAUCUUUCUCAGCAUUUAGCAAUCAUGACGAUUUUGGAUAUCAUUAUUGGUACAAAUCAACUCCAAUUCCAACUAUCAAUAAUGAGAUGGCUCUUCAGAAAUUUAACGCUUCUUACAUUCCAUCAAAUAAAUUUGCUCAUAAAUUUUAUGGUCCAGUUGAAAGUCCAGUGGUCCAGUUUAUAAGUCCAGUAGAGCGGACUUUUGGUCCAGAGCCUAACACUGGAUGCGAUGCAUUGCAAAAAAGCAUCUAG